UCUUACUUGUUGUUCAAAUUGUACGCAAAUAGUUUGCAGGAAGUAAUGCUUAUUUAAAUACUAGUAAUAAUAGCACAAUACACAUACAUGAUGUCCAAUACAUCAUGUAUCUAUUCAUUAAAAAAUAUUAAUAAUGUAUUAUAUUUCUAUUAUUGACAAUAUAUUCUAGUUAACUGUUUGAAAACAUAGGAUUUCUGAUUUCUGUCCUAAUUUAAAUUAUAACAUUUUACCCCCAGUUAUCUAUUUAUUUAUGUAAAAAUAUAAUACACUCUGUUUGGCUACUCGAGCAAUAUAGGAAAAUAACAAGUGGCCUUACCAGAAAGAAAGAUAUUGAACAAAAAUUUAAAAAAAACUUUAAGAGUUAAUAACAUUUUUGUCACAAUUGUAAAUUGAACCAAAAAAAACGAGGGGACUUCUGAAAGCAUUGCUUUGUGUCUUUCACUACAAAAACGAAUCCUCUUUAAAAUGUGUGCUUCAAAAGUAAACAUGCUGGGCCUUACAUUUAAAAAUCAAUACAAUGGUUGACAAACUGCUGGGGAUAUGCUGCAAAAAAUAUAUAUUUAUAAAGAAUUAGCUGCAAAUGUCAUUCCUACACAUCACUGCGAAAGACGGAACUGUCCAAAAUAAAGUCAUGACCACCAGAAAAGAAAACAGGAACAAUUGCGAUUGCAAAACCUGAAAAAUCAUGAGCUGUAAGCUUUGCAAGACAGACUAACGAGCAGCAAUUUGUAAAGUACAAGAAUGAAUUUACUCCAUAUGUCAACAUUUUAAAAUUGCAUCAAACUUCUAAAUUUACAAUUGAAAUAAAUUUCUGAUGAACUGAAUCCAGAUUUUAAGCCAUGCAUCAGCUUAUCAGAAACUGUUGCACUGCACGUGUGCAAACUGACCUUUAAGCACAUUUUCAUAUCUUAUAGUCUUUGCUAAACAUACAUCAAAUAUAUAUCCUGAGUCCAUUUUUCCCUUUGUUUUGUUCAACAGACUCUUUGAUAUCAAUCCAAUCGUCAGCGUUCUGGGACUUUUGGGGUCCGUAAAAGGAUUUUGACUCAUAUCCUCAAAAUACAUGUGGACAGACAGAUAGACGGAUAGACUUAUUAAGAGAAGCCACUAGAGACUCGUUCAAAACCAAAAAAGAAUUUGCUACUCGGGAUGUACAGUAAAAAAAAAAAAAACAACACAAAAAAACCAGACUUCCCCAUCACAUCAAACUGCAAGAGCCACCUCCUUUAUAUGCUGGAGCCAGAGACUUAAUCACAGCAUUAGCCCCUUAUUUAAGUUAGCAAAUUCUAUCCAACUACGUUUAAUUUAAAUUGAACAUGGAAAUUAAUUAAUUUGCUUUACUGGAACAUUGUGCAAUAUUGUGUUACAUUAUAUUACAGUUGUGCAACAGCCAUCAUGAGUAAUAAGGCUGUAUGAAAACCUCCUAAGCGUGUAACAGCAGGUGUCACUGUGAAGAUUCAUGAAAUAAUUAAUAAUAUUGUAAAAUCUAAAUAAAACUGAACUGAUGUUAAAAGACUUGUAUGCUGAGAAAUAAGGACAAUUCAUGCAUGUAUGUAGAAAUGCUAAAAUAUUGAAAAAUCUGUAGAAAAGUAGAACAAAGGAAAAGUAAAUAAAGGGUUAAAAGACUCCAGGCCAGGAGAAAUUUUUAAGGCCCUGUAGGACUAGCUGCGUGUGCCGGAAUAUAAAUACAUUAGUGACUCUCGUGUAAAACACCACAGGGACGAGACACAGACUUGCAGCACGCACGCUGGGCAGCUGAGAAGAGCGACACCUUGACAGUGACGGAGUUUCCUUCAGAGACUUCACCACCAUGAUGGAGAAGCUGAACUCCACUGGCCCGCCUGCCUCACCCCACGACAUACCUCGCCCCUCCUCCUCUUCUUCAUCCUCUGCCUCCUCACCAUCGUGUGCAUCCAUGGAGCAUAGCAGCCCUCUCUACAGCCAGCAGUCAGCAUCCUUGGAUGCUAUCGGCAGCCCACAACCCACUAACAAGACAGGGCACAAGGGACACACGGAUGUCCCUACUCCUGGCUCGACACAAGCCCUCAUCACCCCAAACACAGUGUUAACCAAUCACCAAGCAGAUACAACUGCUGCACCUGAGCCCAUUGCCAUGGAAACGGAGGAAGAAGAGGACGAGGAAAAACUAGGGGGGCCAAAGAGCACCACUGCUCCUGCUGCUUCAGCCAACGGGUCCCCAACUCUUUCCUCGCCACCUCCACUCCUCCCGGCACCAGCAAAGACUUCCCCGUUCCCUCUUCCCCCUCCAACCUCCACAGCUGCCUUCCCUUCAUCCUCAUCAUCCUCUCCUCUUCCUCCUCACAUUCCAGUUAUCAGCCUUGGCCACAGCAAGCCCCCACUGCCACUCCCAAAUACCCCUUUGACUGCCCUCCACCCAAUUCCCAAUCUCCUACAUGGGCCACAUGGAGACAUUCGCCGCGGCCAUUUGAACUGUUUACCUGUGGUCAGCCCCGGAGCUUCUGGAUCUACUGGAGGUCCCGUAGGUCCCACAGCUGCUUCUUCAGGGCCCCUGUUGCCUCAUCAGUACCUGCCUGGUCACCCCUUCUUUACUAGUUCGUACCUGGGUUCUUCAGGAGGAAGCUAUGGUGUCAUCAGCAACAACCGCAUCAAGAGGAGACCCUCCUCGCACUUUGAGAUGGAGAUGAAUGAAUGCCCUCCCCAAAAACUCGCCCGCCGCGUCUUCACCAACAGCCGUGAACGCUGGCGACAGCAGAACGUCAACGGGGCUUUCUCGGAGCUGAGGAAACUCAUUCCCACGCACCCACCUGACAAGAAACUCAGCAAGAACGAAAUCCUCCGCCUGGCCGUGAAGUACAUCAACUUCCUGGUCACACUGCUCAAUGACCAGGAUCAAGACAAGAGCAGGGACUCGGCUGAGGAUGAUGUGGAGGAUGAGAGCAUGGCUCCUGGUUUGGCAGGCAAAAAACUGAACCCUCGUUUUCAGUGCGACACUCCGCCACCAUCCCACUCUGCCCUGCCUGCGUCAGCCCGUCCCGCUUUGGCGUUAGCCCACAGAGACAGAGACUCAACUGACUCAAUCAGUGCCCUGGUUAAUUCCCCAGCAACGUCCAGUUGCUAUGGAGACACAGACAGUGAAGAAAGCUUUGGUGCUAAGACCUCUGUGGUGACCCAAGGCAUUCUGGGAAAGGUCAAGAGUCAGAUAGGGAUGGUGGCAGCAUCGAAUGAUGAGCGGUGACACCAAAAGGCAGUAAACACUGGGAGUUUAAAUGCCAGGCAGAGACGGAGAUGUCAAAAGUGUUUGAUCAAUUGCAGAAAGGUGUGAAUAAGUUUUAAAAAAAAAGAGGGAUUUUUUAAAAUGAAUUUUGCAGGUUUGAGAGCUUCUUUGUCUUUUCUGGCAAUGUUGAUUGUGAAGCUGUCAUUUAGUGAAACACCAAACUGUGCUUUGAGGAAGGCUGAGACAUGAAACUUAACAGAACACUCAAACCAGCUUCAUAUCCAAAUAUGGUAACAAUGAUCCUUUAAUAAACAUUAUACAACUAAAACAGUAGAAGAAGAAAGACACGAACAGGGCCCUGAUUACACGUGCUUAUAAAGGUAAUCCGGGGAAUUUAAAAUCUUCUUAGCAAAUGGAUAAAAAUGGAAGAUCUGUCAGAAAAAAGCAUGAAAAUCAAAUAUUUUGUCAGUCUCUGAAGUUUACAUGUAAAUAAUCAGCCUUGCCUCAGUGCAGUUAUGGUAACUUAAGAGUGCCUGCAGAGAAAUGCAUUGCAUGCAGUGGUGAUUUGACUAUGCCGUUUCUUAAUGUCCUCGCUGCUCUAAUUGUCUGAAAAGCAGGGCCGAUGGUUCCGCCCUGACAUUGUGACACACUUGUAAGAGACAGAAAUAAAGUGUGUUUUAGUUUGCUGUUCCUUAUUUGACAUCCUCUUACUGCGCUCCAAAGACUGCUCUAUGUCAGCACGAUUUCUCAACACAUUCAAAUGUUUUGCCGCUCUCGGUUUAGCAUACUUGUGUAUGCUCAAACUGACCAGUAAGUAGCAUAAAAUGAACACAAUGACCAAACUGCUAGAUUAUGAGAUUAAAAUGGUUUAUGGUGAUUGGAAGUUCGCUUCUUUUAACUUUAUUUUGAAAAAUCUGCACGUAAGUCAUGUGUCCUUCUGUUUGUCCAUAACAAAGCUGUCAGCGCGAGUAGCCAAAGCACAACUCCAUGCUGUUUACGUGUGCUGUUCACCAGAAUGACAGAUGACUGACAAUAGUGUUUCAGCAUGGAAGCCAUAAACAACACAAGUAAAAAAAUAAAACUAGUGAGUGACGUGACACCGAGAACAUGGAUCUACAAUUGCCCUGCCAUUCCUGUAGCAAGUCCAGCAAACCGAAAAACAAAUGUUUUCCACAAGGCAAUGAGGUUUUCCCAAGAAGCAGACUUUAAAGCGUUUUUAUACUGGUGGAGGAUUUACAGAUGAAUGCCCAGUCUGACAAUAUAAUACAACAUUAUAGGCACAAUUUGUGAUCACAAGCAAAUUUGUGGUGAAUUAAAAUGAAGACAGUGUGUGCAUGUAUGUGCGUUAAAUGUUGAAGAACAAGGGGAAAAAACUGUGAAGGCAACAAUUUUUUCGUGUGUGGUUGCGUUUGCGGAAAGUCAGGGUGGAUGUGGGAUGCGGUUGAAGAUGGGGUUCAGAAUGGUGGAGGAAAGUGAAAAGUGUUCGGGAGGGAGGGGGCUUGCAGCUGUUGCCGUGGUGCGGGUGUCUGUCUAUCAAUUGGCCAGGAAACGCUUACAGUUAGUGCUGUCUCAUUUACGGCCAACGAGUUUCCUGGAGGUUGGGUGGUGGCGGUGUGACUGUACCAUGUUUGAUGGGUGUUUGGAUGUGUGGGGUAGCAACCGCUGCAUAGAAGAAGGGAAGAUAGGAGGAGGAAAAGAAAGAGAAAACAGCCACCAGGGUGCCCUGGGAAGCCCUGUACACUUGGUUUCAGGAUCAUACAACAGGAAGAACUGCUUUCACAACAUUGCUGUGACUGCAUCUGCCCACUCGGCUGUGCUAAGCUGGGCCUUCUCCUCCCUGCUUCACUCUGAAACCUCAGAGAGGAUUACAGAGUGAAGCAGGGGUCAUGCAAAUUAAAGAUAGUGUGUCACUUUGCAGUUGUACAAAUUGAAUUAUUCAAAGAUUUUUUGGAUAACACACUAGAUUUAUUUGAGUUG